AUGCUUAUUGGAUUCAUCUUGAUUAUUCUAUUUUUAAAUAAAUUCAAAGCAAUUCACGGGCAAUCAUUGAAUGUGUGGGAAAUUAUAGGAUUAGUUCACGGUGCUAUUUGUCAACAAGGUUCUACAAUUGUCUUAAUUUUGAAUUCCAUAAAAAUUGUAGUUUUUGUAUUAUUUUUUACUACUUUCUUCUUAUUUAAUGCAUAUUCGGCUUCAAUUGUGAGUCUAUUUCAGUCAACGAGUUCCUCAAUAAACAGCGUAAAAGAUUUAUACUACGAAAAAUCUAUGACAAUGAGUAUACAAAUUGCCACGUACGCAAAACCUUAUUUUAACGAAACGACAAAUGAAAUAUUGAGAAAACUUUAUGAUAUGAAAAUAAAACCAUAUGAUGAAAGCAAAUCAUUUACAAAUGCAUCAAUGGGAAUUGAAAGGAUUCGCACAGAAUUUCAUGGGUUUAUGGUUGAAAAAACGUCAGCUUAUCAAGUCAUUAAUAAAAAGUGGAGCGAAGAAGAGAAAUGUGGAUUAUAUGAAAUUCAGCUGUUCAAAUUACCUGUUCUGGCUAUACCCGUGGUUAAGAAAUCUGGUCACAAAGAUGUAUUUAAACAAAAGUUGAUACAACAACAUGAAGUUGGGAUUAGAAAACGAGUAAUUCAACGAUGGACGCCACAAAAGCCGUUAUGUGACUUGUCGAAAAGAAAUAAGAAAUAUGUCAGUGUAUCUAUCAAAGCAAUCCUUCCAACAAUAAUGUUGUUUGGUUAUGGACUGUUAAUUUCAUUGACGGUGUUUAUGUUGGAACUAGCAUAUUAUUAUUUUGUGAACUACAUUAACAGUAGAAUUAAAAAGAGCAGACAAUAA